AUGGAGCGCCCGUUCCGCUGUGACUACAAUUGCGGCAAAGUGUUCGCGUCCAAGAGGAGCAUGGAGAGACAUGUCCGUAGCAGUCACACGGGCGAACGGCCCUAUGCCUGUACAUUGUGUCCGAAACGGUUCGCUGAUCGCAGCAAUCACCGGCGCCACAUAAAACGCCACGAACCCAAACCGGUUGUAGAACACAGUGACGAGGGCGAGGCAGUUGUUGACAGUGUUGUCGUCAAUAAAGUGUCGACCAGGAGGGAAGCGAGAGAGGUGAAACCUGAUAAAGCGAUCGUGAUCAGUAACAACGAAACGGUGGCCGUGGAACGACACACGACGCAGAACUACUCGUGUCGUGUGUGUACGUUCAGUGAUGCCAGCAUGGAAGUGGUGGAGGAACACCAGAAAACGCACCGAGUGUUCAAGUGUAGAUCGUGUGGGAUGAGGUUCACCGAUAAGCAGCAUCUCUUGGAACAUAAAAGGCGUGAACAUUUAGAGGAGAAACCAUUCAUAUGUGGUGUUUGUGGUAAGGCGUUUAAACGGCGUGAUGUGAUGCAAAGACACGAGAAAUUACACUCAAGUACGGAUCGGUUCGAAUGUUCCUACUGUGGGAAACAGUUUGCGACGAGACCGUCCCUGAUAACCCAUGAGAAGAAACACUCAGGGGUGAGACCGUACCUGUGUUCGCAAUGCAGCUGUAUGUUCACAGAAAAGGGUUGUCUGCUGCGCCACGAACGCGCGGUGCAUUCGAGCGAACGACCGUUUAUGUGUUCGCAGUGUCCCAAAACGUUCGCGUUGAAAAACAAUUUGGUUCGACAUGAGCGCUCUCAUCUGCCGAUCAGAAUGGUCAAGUGUGGCGAGUGUGACAUGACCUUCAAAGAGAAGACGAAUUUGUUGAGGCAUCGCAAGCGGGUGCAUGGAUAUGUGACGCCGAAAUCAGUUUUCGAGUAUGUGAAUGGACCCUAG